UACACAUUCACAUAUUAAUAUAAAAGUCGCAUAAAUUACAAAAUAUAAUAUAUAAACAAUAAAUUAAUAAUUACGUUAUUAUGAAAGCGUCUACUGAUGAAGUCGGUUAGUUGCGGUUGGAUGAAAAAAUGCAUUAUAAAUGAAUCAAAUAUCUAGAGAAGAAAUAAAUAUCAGACGACUUUUAACAAGAUGUGAAUUAAUGGCAAAAGAUGAUUCUCAUAAAGAUUGGAAACUUGAAAAGUAUAUUUUUACUUUGGAUGAUAUGAUUAAACAUUUACAAACAUUAUCAAGUAAACCAUCUAAAGAUACUAUGAUGAGUUAUAUUAAACGAAUAGAUUUUUUAAAAGGUUUAGUAAAUACAUCUAAACUUACAAGUCCAGUAGAUAGAGUUGUAGCAGUACAAAUGUUACCAAAAAAUUCUACAACUUUUAAUGAUUCAAUUGGUCCAAAUAUAACAACUCAAAUACAUCAAAAAACUUCGGCAAAAUAUAACAAAGAAUUACGAGCUGAGUUAUUUCAUAAUGAUAAAGGAAUAUUAGAAGAUGGUAUAAGACAAAGAUCAUCUACUAUGAAUAUGCAAGAUGAUGAUUUGGAUGCACUUUUAAAAUACAAUAGAAAUAUUCAAGAAAAAAUUGCUGAAAAUAUGCUUUCAAUGACUAGUAGUAUAAAAGAACAUGCAUUAGCAGCAAAUGCUAUUAUAAAAAAGGAUAUUGGUUUACUUGAAAAAUCUGAUAAAUUAACAGAUAUUAAUACAAAUAAAUUAAAAACAGAAUCAUUAAAACUACAAGAGCAUACACAAUCUUAUUGGCGAUGUUGGAUGUGGGUAAUGAUUGCAUUUGUUUUAGUUAUAUUUUUUAAUAUGGUAUUAUUUAUAAAAGUUGCAAAGAAAAGAGUUUAGAUUUGAAUUAAUAAAUAAUUAAUAAAUA